UGUCAUACUAAAGGAUCUCUUAGGAAAAAACUAUUCCAUGUUAACCUGAAUUUUCUCCAAUUUAAAUUUUAAUUCAAACGUUUAACGCAACAAUUACAUUAACAUGAAACGUGCAAUCAUAAACAAUCAUUCUAACUAGCUAGGUCCAAUCUCAUCAUCAAAUAGCAUGGACUUGUUUUUAUCAUGAGCAUGGAUAUGUUCUGCAAAAUUCAUGCUUAUAGGGGGAGGGGCUAAUUGGCUAAAGUCUGUCCCAAGUUAUUGCUUCCAUCACUUUUUGAUUAUUUUUAAUAAAAAUACACAUUCCUGUGAAAGAAAUGCUGUUGAAAUCGAUAAAAGGGAAAAUACCCAAGAUAUCUUCAUUGACAAAUUAUCAUUUUUCACUCAUAAAAGUUCACAGGAACGAAAACAAAUUUUUUACAGAGAUUUAUGAUGGGAAUGUUUACAUCUUUUCUCCAUUCGGAAGUACUCGGGACACCUCGGCAGUCGCACAAUUUUCUAAGGUUAUCAUCCGGGCUUAUUAAUGGCUGAUGCAAUGCAAAAUCCCCAUAAACUUUUUAUUUUGGGAUGUGUUUUGAAACCUGAAGUGGUAGAGGGGGCGUUUCAAAACAGAUAAUCUGGACAUUUUUCAUAUAAGUGGAUGAACGUAGUUUGAACUGAAAGUUAUACUUCUCAAGAGGAAAUUGAUCGAAUCUGUCAAGGUGUUUUAGAGAAUCUGUAUGCACCUGAUAAAACCAAUGAGUGUAUGAAUCAGUUGAGACAGCUUUAUUUCAUUCUUCAAGCCUCACACACAGAGCCGUGUUUACCAAGAAAUAUGAUUUCAACUCUGGUUAACAUGGUGAGUUCAAUGGACCAUGACAAAACAAAAGAGUGUCUUCUAUGUGAGCAGAUCCUUGCAGAACUUUUGCCUCGUGAACAGGAGGACCUGGGCUCGGAUUUUUAUCCAAGCUCAAAUUAUCAAAAUGCAACGUCCUCAGCCAACUGUUUUCCUCUCUAUCUAAUGCAAGGAAAUAAGAAAUUUUGUUUGGCUGAUGUCAUUCCACAUGCUGUAAGAUGGAUGUCAUCAGGAAAAGCAGACUUUAAUGUACAGAGGCAGGCCUUCUGUUUUCUUGUAUCUCUCCAGGUUUUACACAACAGACUGGUAAACGAAGAGACUAUGAAGACCGUGAACAGUACAGCCAGUGACUGGCUGAUGAAUGCUUCCCUGUAUCAGCUCCCCAAUCCAUACACCAUCAACCCAUUCAAGAAGGACCAGGCCCCAGUAGUGAAUGAGGUCGAUGGGACUCCAAGCAGAAAUUUCUUCACUGUGCUCAACAUUGGACAAUACUACACAAACGACCAGUUCCUGAACAUAUAUAGUUUUUCUAUGUUGUACAAAUGGCUGUAUCACUCACAAACAUCAACGGAAGAAGCUUCAGACGUGGCCAGUAAGAGUGCUCAUGUAUUUAAAAGUCUGGUAGACAAAUCCAUUGACUACUGCUUCAGGAUUUUGGACCAGUGUGAAAGAAAACCGAAAGUUCCAUCAGACAUAGACCUCCAAAACUGUUGUUUGUUGGAAGUGGUGAAUGUACUGGACAUGAUUUGUAAGAUUGAGCCAGGGCACGUUGCCCGAGUGUUCCAGGAAGUCCGACGUCUUUAUCAGAGACUGAUGCAUGAACUGGACAAACCCAGGCUUCUUAUUCCAGUACUUCAGUUUUUCCUUAAUCAUGGUAAGAGUGUGGAACAUGAUCCACAGGAGGCCUACACUCUGUUUUUUCACAAACUGCUGACCCAGUGCUACCUGGACCCCGCCUUCAGUUUUGACACUAUUACUUUCAUAAAAGACAACCUGGAAACUCUCUGUCAUAACACCAACGUAUUAUCCACUUAUUUUCCAAACAUCCUAAAGAUGCUGGCAUGGAAUCCAAGGUCCUACCUGGCUGAUUUUGAGGAAAUUUUACCAGCUCUUAUGUCUCCAAACACAGCUAUUGAAGUUUUCCAUAUGCUCCUGGAUUUACCCUGUGUGACUGUUGCCCUGGAGAUAACUGAGCGAUGUAAGAAGAGUGAGGUUCAGACCUUAUCCACUGAAGCAGAACCAACCAGUUCACUGUCAGCAUUCCAGAGCGCCCUCUACAGGCCGAUGUUCAACUUUUUUACACGUGUUGAAGGAGGACAUGGAGAUACAAUAAAUAGGUUGUCUCUCUUUCAUAAUAUUCUAGGAGACAUGAACCAACAUCCCCGAGUUCUUGUUUGCUCUCAGGUGGUUCCUGUGUUACUUAGGAUUUGGUUUGAUGUAGUGUUGGAUGAUGCUUCCUCAGAUUUCCUGAGUCACUUAAUUCCAGUUCUUCUUGAGAGGACAGCCUUCUUGUACAACAUUCCUGGAUAUCAAGGGGAUGUCCGAAAAGUAUUGGCGGAAAACGUAGUUCACCUUUUAAAGAAGUAUCCAGAAAUACUGUAUGAUCAAGCAUCAGAAAUUAAAGAUUUUCUCAUUAGUCCUAGGAAUAUAUCUGGGAGAGAGGAAUUCUUUGCAAAUUUGGUUUGGUGUGUGGGUGAACUUUGUUCAGUCAGGCAUGACAACAGGUGUACAGCUGAAACAAUAACAAGAUUCUUUGAUACGCUUGAAGUGCUGACUUAUGAACUCUCAGGGAUGUCAUCUGCCAAUUUAAAAGAAGAGAUUUCAAAUCCCUCUAAAAUUAUUUGCAUGCUGAUGUCCUCCAUCUCAAAGUUGGCUUCUAAAUGUCAAGAUUUGAUUCCACGGUCAAUACUCCUCCUGACCAAAGUUGCCAAGCAACAGCAGACUAGUUUCUUAGAUACAGAGAUUAAGGAUGCUGUGGUUGGCAGAGCACAAGAACUGAUCAACCUUCUAAAACUGCCAAAUUUUGCCAAUGUUGUGUUGAACCCUGAUGAUGAGAUAGAGACUGGAAGAUGGCACAGAGAUAACACCAGUUUACCUAUCACCCUCAGAUGUGUCCAGCACAUCUUAUCAUAGCCUACGCCCAACCUCCACCUGUGAGGAUAUAUACAGAUACCUUGAGUGCACAUACGCAGGGAAGGACCAAGAUGUUUGGACCAUGAAACAGUGUUAUAUGGCAAUAAUAUGACUAUUGGGACAGUGCAAUAAUUUUACAUUAAAGGUGCUGAAAUGUUUUGUUUACCGUAAUAAAAUAUGUCAUAAAUGAAAACUGCUAUACUUAUUUUGAAGGUUUUACCAAAGCAAAAGAUUUCCCCUGUUUAUCUUUGGCAGCCCCUCCUCCAAGUUAGAGUUCCUAGUUACCCAUCACAUUAUACUGUAAUGAAAUACAGGGGCCAUGGAAAUUACACCCUCAUCCUAUUUCAUUAAUGUCCAUCACCAGAACCCAUGUGAUUUAUAUCUAUUACACAGUAGUGUAACGUAGUAAUUCUGUGCAUUCCAACAAUGGAACGGGUGCAUGUACAACAUUUUUCAAAUCA